GUCAGAGUGCAUCCACCUUCAUAUGAUGGAACUGUGGUGAGAGCUGUGGCUCAGCUGGAGGAGACACUCAGUAACCAAAUAAAGAUGCUGUUUAAAGCUGAGCUGAAGAGAAUCCAACGAUAUGCCAUAAAUGUGACUCUUGAUCCUGAUACAGCACAUCCUACACUCAUCCUGUCUGAUGAUGGGAAACAAGUCAGUCAUGGAUAUGUGAAGAAGAAUGUCCCAGACAAUCCAGAGAGAUUUUCAAAUUCCAUUUGUGUCUUAGGAAAGCAGAGUUUCUCUUCAGGCAGAUUUUACUUUGAGGUUCAGGUUAAAGGAAAGACUAAAUGGACUUUAGGAGUGGCCAGAGAGUCGAUCAACAGGAAAGAGAACAUCCAGCUGAGCCCUGAGGAUGGUUACUGGACUAUUUGGUUGAGAAAUGGAAAUGAUUACAAAGCUCUGACUAACCCUCCAGUCCGUCUCUCUCUGAAGUCUCGGCUUCGGAAGGUGGGGGUGUUUGUGGAUUAUGAGGAGGGUCUGGUCUGUUUUUAUGACGUAGAUGCUGCAGCUCUUAUCUACUCCUUUACUGGCUGCUGCUUCACUGAGAAACUUUACCUGUACUUUGGUCCUUGUCCUAACGAUGGUGGUAAAAACUCUGCACCUCUGAUCGUCACUCCUAUCAAUCACACUUAGUAGACCAGCUAUUUGAUUUUCCAUGAAAGCAAUCAGUGUAAAGUAGUAGAUGAUUAUUGGUAAUGCUCAGUGAUUUGGUUACUGAUUUUUGUUAUUGCAUCUUGUUUGUCUUCAAUGUAUCCCACUAUCACUCACUGCCACAACAUGCUCAUGUGUGACAAUCAAUGAAUAAGAGAACAAUUUUUUAAGGUAAAUGUUGAUAAAACCAAGGUACUUUUGGUUGGUCCUAAGUCUAAAAGAGAUACCGUUCUUGGUAAUGUUGGGAACAUGGCGCACCACACCAAAACAAAAGUAACUAGUCUAGGUGUUAUCUUAGAUGCAGACCUUACCUCAUAUUAAAGAAGUCAGCCAAACAGCUUUCUUCCACCUGAGAAACAAUUGCGGCCUUUUUUAACACAAGAUGCUGAAAUAUUAGUCCAUACUUUAAUCAAUAGUAGGUUAUAACAGGAACUGAUACACAACUCUGAAGCUAGACUCCUUACUAAGACCAAGAAGAGAAAGCACAUCAACCCUGCUUUACCCAAAUUGCAUUUGGUCGUUGUUACUUACAGAAUCGAUUUUAAAGGUUCUGUUAAUUACUUUUAAAGGCCGAAAUGGCUUAGCACCUUUAUAUAUCUCUGAACUUUAUAAUACCUUAUCAAUCACAAAGGAACCUUAGAUUCUCUUAUGACGAACUUUUAAUUUUGCCCAAAGUACUGCACAAGCAAAGCGGGGAGGCUUCCUUUUGCAUUAUGUACCAAAAUUAUGGAACACCUUGCACAAAUAUAUUAAACAGGCUAGCUUUGUCAACAUCUUUUAAAAAGAGCUGAAUAGCAAUAUGAGCAGGCAUUUCGUUAACUCUCCCCUGUGAGCUCUUGCUUCUCUCCAAUCUUAACCAUUAAUACUGUAUUCUUUAUGUACAUAUACCUCUGAGAAGUUUUGUAAAAAGUCAUUCGUACUAUGGUUUUAUGGUACUAUGGUAAUUUAUAAUUUUCUUUUACUUUGACUCGUUAUAUUUUACCAAAAUUAGCUUUAUUAUCAUGGUCCUAAAAGACUGCACUUACACAAGCUAUAUUUGCACUGCAUUGCUUUACUAUUUA